AGCUAUUCAACUAAUCCAUCAGCUACUAAUUGUCUCCUGGGCUAACACAAAUAGAACUGCAGGAGAGAGAGUGGCCGAGGCUGUAUAUAUAUAAGCCAGUGUGGUGAGAGAGCAUCAUGUGUGGAGGGAGUCCAAGAGAGAACAUCAACAGAAACUUGGAUCUCCAAAGAGCAAUAACCUUAAGGUUUUACUUUCUUUUGCACAUCAGUCUUUUUUUUACCUUUGGACAAAGUCGAUUUUUUUAAAGAGGAACACAAAGAUGUGGAUGCUGCAGGUCCUGUGUGUUUGUAUAUGUGCACAUGCCGUUCAGGCGAGGAUCUGGGCUUGGAUGUUGUCUAUACCCUAUAGUGCAUCUGAGAAUGUACCUGUGGGUCCCAGAGACAGGGAGGCUGAUAUUUUUCCAAACAACCCUAAAGGAGAUAUGGUAACAUGUGAGCAUGACCGUGUCUGCGGUAAGGGCUUUUCUUGUGACCGUCAUUUUGGCCUGUGUGUGCCUCUGAGGCAGGAGGGGCAAUACUGCAGACGGGAUGCUCAAUGUGUGCACGGGCUCAGCUGCAUGUUUGGCAGGUGCAUCAGAAGCAUUCCAGAUGGUCAGGAAGGGGCUCGGUGUAAACUCGACAGAGAAUGUGGUGAAUCUAUGUGCUGUGCUCGUCAUCAUGGUGAAAGAGUGUGUAAGCAGAGACUGGUCUUGGGUGAGAGCUGCUUCGUGCCUGAUGGUGGAUUGGCAUUUAGCAUCAACCAGAUCUGCCCGUGUGAUGAAGGUUUGCUGUGCCGUGGUCAUGGAGAACCAAUAAAGAGAGAGAGAGAAUUUGUAUUUCACCCAGACUCCACAACCUGGACUUGUCAAGGUCCUAAACCAUGA